AUGUUCGAUCAUGACGCACCUGCACCAUUGGCUGGCGUAGUGGCCACAGUGAUCGUCUUCGCGGCCGUUGGUAGUGCAGCCCUCGCUAUCUAUCGCCUAUGCUUCAGCCCGUUGGCGCUGGCAAGGGUGCCUGGCCCCAAAAUUGCGGCCAUCACGGCUUGGUAUGAAUUCUACUGGGACUGCGUGCAGCAAGGCCGGUAUUUGUUCAAAAUUGAGCAGAUGCACCAAAAAUAUGGCCCCAUCGUUCGUAUCAAUCCGUGGGAAGUCCACAUCCAAGACCCCUCUUACUGGGACACCAUCUACACCAACAACAAAAUCGACAAAGAUGCCUGGUUCUACCGCGCCUUUGGCGAUAACAGAGGCACCGUCGGCACGGGCCCAUGGGAUCUCCAUCGCCGACGACGCGCGGCCAUGGCCAAAUUCUUUUCAGCUGCCAACGUCGCCCGUCUAGAGCCCAAGGUGCUGGCACGCGUACAGAAACUGCUUGAUCGGGUAGAAGAGUUUCGCCAGACCGGCGGAGGUCAAGCAGCGGUGCUGCCCAUAUCGCAUGCAUUCCGCUGCUAUGCGACGGACGUCAUCUCGGAUUAUGCAGCUCCGCAUACGAGAGACUUUUUGAGUACCCCGGAUUUCUCGGCUACCUUCAACCAAGUGCUGAGAGACUUUUCCGAGAUUAUGCUCUGGCACCGACAUUUCCCGAUUGUGUUUCCCAUAUUUGGCGCUAUACCGCGCUGGCUGAUUUCCAUGAUGGAUUCAACGGGUGCGCAGAUUGCGGUGCUGGAUAAUCAGGCCAGCCUGCUUAAACAAGCGCAAACGGUGAUAGCCACCAAAGGCGUUCCGCCAGAGAAGUCUUCGCCUACCGUCCUAGAUGCCAUCUAUACAUCCGAUGUGAUCGGUCCUGAAGAAAAGACUCUACCACGCAUGAUGGCCGAAACACAGGCUAUUCUCGGCGCCGGAACCGAGACUACCGGCAAUACAUUGUCGAAUUUCGUCUACAACGUACUAUCCAACAAAUCAAUCGUACAAAAACUAACAACAGAACUGGGAGAAGCAUCAUCAGCUUCAGCUUUGCUCGAUUACAAAACGCUAGAAAGAUUACCCUACCUACAAGCAUGUAUCAAAGAAGCACUCCGUCUGGGCAUGGGCGUCGUCGGCCGUCUCCCACGCAUCAACCAAACCGAAUCAAUGACCUAUACCACAAAGAUAUCCAACGGCGAAUCAUCAAGAACAUACACCUUCCCACCCGGCACCGUCUUAUCCAUGUCCAUAAUUGACAUGCAUCUCAACGACGACAUCUUCCCCAAGCCCCGCCUCUUCAAACCCGAGCGCUGGCUUGACAGUUCCCCAACCCAUCUCCGACAAAUGGAGAAAUCUUUCGUGCCAUUCGGUAAAGGGGUGAGAGGCUGUCUAGGGAUCGAAUUAGCCAAGGAAGAACUCACCCUAAUGGCGGGGAAUCUGUUUCGACGGUACGGAAGGAACCUUGAGCUUUAUGAGACGUCAGAGAGGGAUAUUAGUAUCGUGCAUGACUAUUUUGCGCCGUUUGGGCCGAAGGAUAGUAAAGGCGUUAGGGUGGUUGUUCGUUGA